CUUAACUUUUUAUUUCCAGAAAUGUUCCCAAGAGACAUGUUUCAAAGCGAUAAGUCAUUUUCAGCAAUUUGGUCAGACAGUAGAAGAAAAACUUCAGAGUUGGACGGAUGUUUAGUUGAACUUCAGAGUCUUUACUUUCCAGAAACAACGAAUAUGAUAAUUUCGUGCGAAAAUUUGCUAGAGGGUCUUGAUGAUCCAAACACAAUUAAUGCGAUAGAAACGUUAAAAACCGAAAGUGCAAGCAGUUGCGUAUACCAUCAUUCGUCGGACUCGAAAGAACUUGAUGAUUUUAUUGAGUUUAUGCAAUUAGAUUUUAGUGGAGAAAUUAAUGAUGAAUCAAAAAUUAUUAGCGAAUUUUGGACUGCUGAUGCUGCAAUUCCUGAAUUAUCAAUAAAAUUACAAGAACAUCCGGAUAUUGUUCACACUA